AUGUCGAAUGGCUGGGGCGUCCUCGUCGCCAAGUGCGACAAAUCCAGGUCCGCGAAGCACCUGGACAGGUCCGUCGACAGGAGCGGCGACGUCACCUCAGAGCCCUUCAGGGAGCAGCCCGACAUUGAGCUGCGCCUCACGAAGACGAUCGUGGGGCGUAUGCUCAUGAACGCGGAGGGAACCUCCCGCGCGCAGACGCAAGUUGCCGAUAUCCUCAUCGACAUGCCGUCCGUGAGCGCAAAGCACUGCGUCAUUACCUGCGACGAGCCCGAGGGCUCCGAUACGUACGUCAUCACCGUCACGGACCACUCCAGGCACGGUGUCCAGGUUAACAAGAAGAAGAUCUCGGGCCCCACGACGCUCUCGCACGGCGACGUCCUCACCCUCCCCUUCGGCAUGGACUACGAGUUCCUCGUUCUCGAUGACGGCGCUAAACCCAUGGCACCCAAACCCGCGGAGCCCAAGAGCGCAAAAAAGACCCCGGGCAAGCGCGCCAAGUCCGUCGGCAAGGCAUCGGCGGGCAAGAAGAAGGGCGCCUCUGAGGACGACGACGCUGCGGCCAAGCGCGCCAAGUCCGGCGAUGAUGACUCCCCUUCCGCCACCAAGAAGCUUUUCGCCGACGACACCAACGCGCUGGAAGAGGCGAAACAGCUCGAGGACGCUAACGCUAAACUCCGCGACGAGCUCAAGGCUGCCAAGGAGACGAUCGAGGAGCGCGAUCGCACCAUCGCCGAGCACAUCGAGUCGGCUGAAACGACCAAGGCUCAGUACGAAGAAGCGCUCGCCGCGGCUGCCAAGGAACACAAGGCCAAGCUCGCCGAACUCACCGCGGAUGCCAAGAGUCACGAUGCAAAUGUCGCCGCGAUGUCGGCGUCCUGUGAAGCCGCGAUCAAGUCCAAGGAAGAGAUGCAGGCGGCGCUCGAUCGAGCCGUCGCCGCGCGGGAAGGGGCGGAGAAGAACGCCGCAGAGACCGCCGCCGCGCUCGAAGAAGUUAAGGCUGCGCUCAAGGACGCCGAGGCUGCCGCCGCCGCCGCCGCCGAGAAAGCCGCGGAGGGAUCCAAGGAGCUCGAAGCCGAGAACGCGUCGCUUCGCGCCAAGCUCGAGGAGGAACGAACCACCACCGCCGAGAAGGCGGCUGAGAUUCGCGAGGCUCGCGAGAAACUCGAGGCGACUGAGGCGGACCUCGCCGUCGCCAAGAACGACGCCGACCAGCUCGCGAUCAAGCUCGCCGAGGCUAAGGCAUCCCUCGCCGCCGCGGUCAAGCGCGCGGAUGAGGCCGACACCUGCGCCGCGCCGCUUCGAGCCUCCGAGAACGAGGCUCGUCGCGUCUGUGCGCGAAAGGAGGAGGAGGCAAAGGCGAUGGCCGACAGACUCGCCGUCGCGAGGAUGGCGCACAAGCAGGCGAUGGCCGCGCUCAAGGAGGUCGGACUCCGCCUGGAGUACGACGGCACCGGUGCGGCCGCCGCCGAGGCUGACGCCGAGGCUACCGAGGCUGAGCCGAACACGGAACCUCCCACCAUGGAUGACGGGGCGGAGGAUGCGCCCAUGGACGCGGAUGGCGUCGCCGGCGCCACGCAGGCAGCCCCCGGGGACUUUGAGACGGAAGACGCCAUCGACGAGGAACCCCGAGAGACCGAGAACGAAGGCGAUAGGAUAGUCGGCAUGGACGUGCUGUACGCGUCCGUGCCCGCGUCCGAGGUGCCCGCGUCCGAUGUUCCCUCGUCCAUGGAUGACGGGUCCGAGGAUGAGCCCGUCCCGGACACGGAGCUCGCCGCUCCCGCGGAGGGCGCCUCGCCGGUCGCCGCGAUGGCACCGCCGAGCCCGCGCGAGCAGCCCGAGUCCGCGGCGCGCCACAGCGUCGGUGCGGCGACACAGGAGGCCGCGGCGGUACUCGGCGGCGGGGAGCUCGGAGGGGCGCCCGCCGAGGAGGAGGGCGAAGAAGAGAAGGAGGAGAAAGAAGAGGAGGCGGAGGACGUCUCCUCCGGAUCUGACGCCGAGGAGAAGGGCUCCGAGUCGGAGGAUACCGAGGAGGUCGAGGAGGAGGAGCCCGAAGCUGCGGGGAAUGCCGUCGAGGAGCCCGAGGCUGAGGAGCCCGAGGCUGAUGAGCCCGAGGCUGAUGAGCCUGAGGCUGAGGAGCCCGAGGCUGAGGAGCCCGUUGAGCCGGCGCUGGUUGCCAAGGUUGCGGUGCCCGAGGAGGAGAAGGAAAACUCCGCCCCCGUCGACGCGAGUGUCGGGAAGGAGUUGCCCUUCAGCUCCGAGGUCGAGGACGUCGCGGCGGUGCCCCUCUCCUUUUUGGAGGACUGA